GUUAAUUUAUCCGCAAACAAAGAAUAGGAGAGUUGAGUUUAUAAUAGAAAUACAUUUACUGCGGCACCGCUCUCUCCGGCUGAUGGCUGCCCUGGGGGUUUUGCGCUGCACGAAAAGAUGUGCCAAACUCAAUGGAUUUUGUGGCGGCCCGGCGAUGGUGUCGGCGCGCAACACGGUGCCCUCCGAGCCGUCGCACAUUCCCGGCGGCUUCGGCAGUGCGGCCUGGGUGCGGACAUUCUUUCGUCUCGUGAAACCCUCGGGCGGCGGCAACACCCUGCACUACUCCGAGAGAAAGCUGCUCGGGUACUCGGCGGAGCAGAUGUUUGAGGUGGUGUCAAGGGUGGAGUUCUACCGGGACUUUGUGCCCUGGUGCACACAGUCGCGUGUCACGGCUCGUUCUCCCCACGCCCUGACAGCCUACAUGCAGGUGGGCUUCGCACCCAUUGUCGAGAGCUAUACCUCUCACGUCACACUGAUGCGGCCCACCCUUGUCAAGUCAGUGUGCUCAGAUGGUCGCCUCUUCAACCACCUGGAGACCAUCUGGAGGUUUGAGCCAGGCCUUGAGGACAACCCAAAGACCUGCACGCUAGACUUCAAGGUGUCCUUCGAGUUUCGCUCGCGCCUGCACUCGCACCUGGCGCACAUGUUCCUGGACGAAGUGGUGCGGCAGAUGACACGCGCCUUCUUAAACCGAGCAGCAACACUGUACGGCAAGCAGUCGAUCCCGGGCGGCAAGGUGCUGCCCUCUGGUGCUCCCUGACGCCGGCCCCCCGAGUAGUCUUGUCGUACACGGGGCUUCACCUUGAUGUGGACUGAUUUUAGUCUUUGUUUUAGCUCCUCUCGCAACCUCGCUUCCCCUCGCGCCUGCCCUCCAAGUUACGCAACGUUCUGACUGAAACUGCCUCGUGCGGACGUCACUUCGAGAUCGCAAAGCUCAUCCACCAGGGGAGAGAAGUGACUCGGGAUCGCUGGUUGGGUGAAGUGGCAGCGAGGGCAUUCUAGAUGUGCUUAAAGUCAGGGGUCGUUUUUGGCGGCCUGAAGCAAGCUAGUAACGAACCGAAAAGUUCCGUGGCAGCCAUCAGCCGGAGGACUGAGGAAACAUGACGGACGUCCUCGACGUGAUGCCUCGCAAAAGAGGCCCGACAACGGCAGCAGGGCUGAGUGUGGCAGCAACUUCAGCCGUUGCUUCUGGGUGUCCUCUUUACCUGGGCUGGUUCAGGUUUGCCGUGGCAGCCAUUGUUUCAGCCACGAACAAAGCCGGUAACGAUGCUGGGAAAAAAGCAGCCGUGUAAAAGGAUCCUGUGGAGUAAAUUGAAAUUCACACAUUUUUUUAUGUUGUUGAGCAAUUGAAAUUCACGUGUUCGCAUUUAUUAAGUGCAGGCUAGUGGUUUGCCCACUUCAGAUUGGCCAGACACACAACAAUGCAAAGCUCACGUAAGGUUGUGCUGUUGACAUCAGUAGUUUAGCAGUGACUUCCUCCAUUUUCUCGGGGGGGGGGGGGGGGGGGGCACACAACAAAGUCUCAGCAGAGCCUGUUAUAAGUUAGAGCUUAGUAGAUCUUCCUGGUUGUUGGGCGCAAACUUGCACUGAGCUUUGAAUACAGGCUCAGCUUUUGUUUCUUUAUCUUUCCUUUUUACACGAAGCUAUUGGAAAUAAAAUAUUCUUGUUUUCGAA